AUGCAGGGUUAUGAUGGGGCUAUGCAGGGUUAUGAUGGGGCUAUGCAGGGUUAUGAUGGGGCUAUGCAGGGUUAUGAUGGGGCUAUGCAGGGUUAUGAUGGGGCUAUGCAGGGUUAUGAUGGGGCUAUGCAGGGUUAUGAUGGGGCUAUGCAGGGUUAUGAUGGGGCUAUGCAGGGUUAUGAUGGGGCUAUGCAGGGUUAUGAUGGGGCUAUGCAGGGUUAUGAUGGGGCUAUGCAGGGUUAUGAUGGGGCUAUGCAGGGUUAUGAUGGGGCUAUGCAGGGUUAUGAUGGGGCUAUGCAGGGUUAUGAUGGGGCUAUGCAGGGUUAUGAUGGGGCUAUGCAGGGUUAUGAUGGGGCUAUGCAGGGUUAUGAUGGGGCUAUGCAGGGUUAUGAUGGGGCUAUGCAGGGUUAUGAUGGGGCUAUGCAGGGUUAUGAUGGGGCUAUGCAGGGUUAUGAUGGGGCUAUGCAGGGUUAUGAUGGGGCUAUGCAGGGUUAUGAUGGGGCUAUGCAGGGUUAUGAUGGGGCUAUGCAGGGUUAUGAUGGGGCUAUGCAGGGUUAUGAUGGGGCUAUGCAGGGUUAUGAUGGGGCUAUGCAGGGUUAUGAUGGGGCUAUGCAGGGUUAUGAUGGGGCUAUGCAGGGUUAUGAUGGGGCUAUGCAGGGUUAUGAUGGGGCUAUGCAGGGUUAUGAUGGGGCUAUGCAGGGUUAUGAUGGGGCUAUGCAGGGUUAUGAUGGGGCUAUGCAGGGUUAUGAUGGGGCUAUGCAGGGUUAUGAUGGGGCUAUGCAGGGUUAUGAUGGGGCUAUGCAGGGUUAUGAUGGGGCUAUGCAGGGUUAUGAUGGGGCUAUGCAGGGUUAUGAUGGGGCUAUGCAGGGUUAUGAUGGGGCUAUGCAGGGUUAUGAUGGGGCUAUGCAGGGUUAUGAUGGGGCUAUGCAGGGUUAUGAUGGGGCUAUGCAGGGUUAUGAUGGGGCUAUGCAGGGUUAUGAUGGGGCUAUGCAGGGUUAUGAUGGGGCUAUGCAGGGUUAUGAUGGGGCUAUGCAGGGUUAUGAUGGGGCUAUGCAGGGUUAUGAUGGGGCUAUGCAGGGUUAUGAUGGGGCUAUGCAGGGUUAUGAUGGGGCUAUGCAGGGUUAUGAUGGGGCUAUGCAGGGUUAUGAUGGGGCUAUGCAGGGUUAUGAUGGGGCUAUGCAGGGUUAUGAUGGGGCUAUGCAGGGUUAUGAUGGGGCUAUGCAGGGUUAUGAUGGGGCUAUGCAGGGUUAUGAUGGGGCUAUGCAGGGUUAUGAUGGGGCUAUGCAGGGUUAUGAUGGGGCUAUGCAGGGUUAUGAUGGGGCUAUGCAGGGUUAUGAUGGGGCUAUGCAGGGUUAUGAUGGGGCUAUGCAGGGUUAUGAUGGGGCUAUGCAGGGUUAUGAUGGGGCUAUGCAGGGUUAUGAUGGGGCUAUGCAGGGUUAUGAUGGGGCUAUGCAGGGUUAUGAUGGGGCUAUGCAGGGUUAUGAUGGGGCUAUGCAGGGUUAUGAUGGGGCUAUGCAGGGUUAUGAUGGGGCUAUGCACAGAGCAGAGGGGCACACAGCAGAAAGGCAGAGAGGGCAACGCACAUGGGUGGGAGGGCAACGCACAUGGGUGGGAGGGCAACGCACAUGGGUGGGAGGGCAACGCACAUGGGUGGGAGGGCAACGCACAUGGGUGGGAGGGCAAGGCACAUUGGUGAGAGGGCAAGACAACGCACAUAGCGGUCGUUCUUGGCGUGCGACUGGCGCAUGA